GAGUAAUUGAAGGUGGGACAUGCAGAGGGUGAGGUGGAGCAGGGUACUUGGGCUGCAGCAAGUUUUUGGAGCCUCCCUUGAGGGGUUUGCUGCUGGGGUGGGCUGGCAGCACUGGGGCUGCCCACUGGCAAGUGCUCUUGGCUUGUCUCUUUUGGGAGGCUCAGUGUUGCUGCUGGAGGGGGUGACGGGCAUCCCCUCAAGCCUUUGAGCUGGUAAUGUGAGUAACAGCCCAGGGGAAAAGCAGAAGAGUUUCCAGCCUCCUGGGAAUGCUUGGAUUCUGUGCUCUUGUCUGAUACGUGCAGAAGCAAGGUCCAAGGGGGCUGCAGGUGACAGUAGGAGGGCUGUGUUUCUCACUAAAUAAGUGUCACAAACCAGCCUUUUUUAAGCACCUGAACGUUUCCUAUGAAAUAGGUGUUCACAGGCACCACACAAGCUCGUUCCUGGCUGGGGUGUUCUGUACCCUGAAUGUACUGAACCAACUUGUAACAUCUCAGUUGUUCCAAGUCAAACUUCACUUGCACCAUACAAUUCUGAGAAAGUGCUUCCAGUUGAAUCCAGGUUUCAGUCUGCCCUUGUAACUCUAUUUGUAAUGAGUGUAACAUCUAAUGUGUGUAAGCAAGGGUUGGGUUCAGCAGCAAACUGUGGAGGUGAUUCCUCCUUGAACUGGAGCUUUCUAGUUCCAGAAUCUGCACUUGUGUCAAACUAAGGCCAGUACUAUCCAGUGCAUGUUUCAAAAGGAUUUUUUACUUUCAGGCACUUGCACAGUUCAAAUAUUUUCUGCUUUUCCUUAUAACAGAGGUGCCCUAUAAAGAAAAAACCCAGAAUUUCCAGGCUCAGAGUCUAAAAUAUUAGCUUGGAGCUCAACUGACGCACCUGAGGAGAUUUAGAUGUCUCAAUGGAUACGUGGAGCUACUUCUGUACUUGCCUGGCGUCCAUAUGGCUGCACAGAUUUUACAUCUACUCUGCUGUUGCUUUGGGGAUCAGCCUUUGGAUUGUCAUUCAAUUCACCACCACCAAAACCAAAAAGAAGGAUGAAAAAUCCAGUGGGAAUCCCACUUCCUCCAGAGGAACAGAAGACAAGCUGGUAAAUGGAUGUGCCACCCCUCAGGCAGAGGAGGUGUAUGUUGCUGGAGUAAAGAUCUUCUAUGGCUCUCAGACUGGCACGGCAAAGAGGUUUGCCAAAGCUCUGGCUGAAGCUGUUACUUCCCUUAAUUUGCCUGUGGAAGUCAUUAACAUGGGAGACUAUGACCCAGAUGAUUGUUUAGCAGAGGAGACAACCAGCAGGAACAUCUGUGUGUUCCUGGUGGCCACGUACACGGAUGGGCAGCCCACGGAGAGCGCGGCCUGGUUCUGCAAGUGGUUGGAAGAGGCAGCCAACGAUUUCCGUGUUGGGAAAACCCACCUGAAGGGGCUCAGAUACGCCGUGUUUGGCCUGGGGAACUCGGUGUAUGUGGAUCAUUACAACACAGUUGGCAGGAGGCUGGACAGGUGGCUGUGGAUGCUCGGUGCCAGCCGCGUGAUGACCCGCGCCGAGGGCGACUGCAAUGUGGCGCGGAGCAGGCACGGCAGCAUCGAGGGCGACUUCGAGGCCUGGAAAGCCAAGUUCCUCACUCGGCUCCAGGCCCUCUGCAGAGGGGAGAAGAAGCCCUGCAGUGGGAAGUGCAAGAAAGGGAAGUGCAAAUCUCCAGGGAAGCAGAGCAAGGAGAGCUCGGAUCACGAACACGGGGCAUCGGAGCCCGAGAAUACUGAGGCAGAGGAAUUGUUUGAAACCAGUAGUGAGGAGGAAGCUGAUGCUGAGGAAGCUGGAGGCACAAAUUCUAUCAUUGAUGUUGAAGAUCUUGGCAAUAUCAUGGGCCACGUGAAGAAAGCAAAGAGAGAACAUGAGCUCCAGGAGGGAGAUGUUGGAAGGAGAGAGAACCCUGGGAGGAAGGAGGAGGAGGAGAAGAGGGAGAUGAUAACGCCGGCCCUGAGGGACACGCUCACGAAACAAGGUUACAAACUCAUUGGGAGCCAUUCCGGGGUGAAGCUCUGCCGGUGGACAAAGUCGAUGCUCCGGGGCCGAGGGGGCUGCUACAAACACACCUUCUAUGGGAUUGAGAGCCACCGCUGCAUGGAGGCCACCCCCAGCCUGGCCUGUGCCAACAAGUGUGUCUUCUGCUGGAGGCACCACACGAACCCCGUGGGCACAGAGUGGCGCUGGAAGAUGGACCAGCCGGAGCUGAUCCUGCAGGAGGCCAUUGAGAACCAUCAGAACAUGAUCAAGCAGUUCAAAGGUGUGUCAGGGGUGAAGGCAGCUCGCUUUGAGGAGGCCCUGACAGUGAAACACUGUGCUCUGUCCCUGGUGGGGGAGCCCAUCAUGUACCCCCAGAUCAACCGCUUCGUGAGGCUCCUGCACCAACACAGCAUCUCCAGCUUCCUGGUGACCAAUGCACAGUUCCCAGAGGAGAUCAGGAGCCUGGAGCCAGUGACCCAGCUGUAUGUCAGUGUGGAUGCCAGCACCAGGGAGAGCCUGAGGAGAAUUGACAGACCCCUCUUCAAGGACUUCUGGCAGAGGUUUCUGGACAGUUUAAAGGCCUUGGCUGAAAAGGAACAGCGCACAGUUUACAGGCUGACCCUGGUGAAAGCUUGGAAUGUGGAUGAACUCAAAGCUUAUGCUGAGCUGAUAUCCCUUGGAAAACCAGACUUCAUCGAGGUCAAGGGUGUGACCUACUGUGGAGAAAGCUCUGCCAGCAGCCUCACCAUGGCCAACGUGCCCUGGCACGAGGAGGUGGUGGGGUUUGUGCAGGACCUGGCCGAGCUCCUGCCCGACUACGAGAUUGCCUGCGAGCACGAGCACUCCAACUGCCUGCUGCUGGCCCACACCAAGUUCAAGGUGGAUGGCGAGUGGUUCACCUGGAUCGACUACGAGCGCUUCCAGGAGCUGGUGCGGGAGCACGAGCGGAGCGGCGGCUCCAGGACCUUCACAGCGGCCGAUUACACGGCCAGGACUCCUCCCUGGGCUCUCUUUGGGGCCAGGGAGCGGGGAUUUGACCCUCUGGAUGUCAGAUUCCAGCGGAGGAACAAGGCACGGGACAUCUCUGGCUGCUGAGCUUUGGGGCUCCGUUUCCGGCUGACACGGAUUUUGGAUCUUCCUGUCAACGUUAUCCCACGUUUGCUGUUGAGCAGGAGGGUCAAGCCUUGAGUUCACCCUUCCUUCCUGGUUUUAGGGCUUCCUGGAUGAAAAUAUUUAUAACAUUCUCUCUCCCAAAUCAGAAAUGGUUCAUGGCAGUGAUUUCCCAGCAGCCUGGUGGGGAGGCAGCAGCCGUGGCCGUGUUUGGAGUUGGACAUGGUUUGGAGUUGGAUGUGGUUUGGAGUUGAAUGUGGAGCAGUUGGAUGUAGUUUGGAGUUGGAUAUGGAGCAGGAGCAUUCCUUGGAUUCCAGUGCCCUCUGUGAGGAGAGCCUGGCACGUCUGGCCCCCGGCUUGGCAACAAAACAUUCCACAUCCAUGAGGAAAAGUGCCACGGGGAUUUCAACCCCAUGAGCUUGUUGGAUCAGGGCAGGUGGGACCUGGAUCAAAGAACCUGAUCCCUGCUGGGAAUAUCAUUGCAUGGACUUAGUUCAGGUUUAUGUAUUUAAUUCCUGUAAAAACCUCAUCCCAUCCAAGAAACUUGGGAAUAGCGUGAGUAACAGCCCCCCUAUUGAUACCAGCUGUGACUUCUGAUACCUCUCCAAGUAUCUUCCAGCUUCCUGGGUUUGGGAAUGGAUGUUUCUGAGCAGUGUUAUCCCACUCCCAGCAGCCCUGAACAACAUGUACAAUCCCUCAGAGCCCUGGCUGUGUGUGCCCAGUGUCCAUAGGAGCUGGACAUCAGGGAUGAAGCUCCCCCUGCUCCCCUGGGAAGCUCCACAGCCUCUGGAUGGGGAGAACGGGGGGGAGAAGGAAACUGGACCCAGUCGAGGUCUCUGGGAUCAAGAAACCAACUCCUCUCCUUUGGAGAGGUGACAUCCAGGCACAAGGUCAGGGGUUGCUCUGGGAUACCCUGGGCACUCUGGAAGUGCUGGAGCCUGGCUGGAAAAUGGCUUUUAAAUAAGGAGGGAAUUCCCUUUCCCUCUUUGCUGAAUUCCCAAGGGUUGGAGGCUCUGUGUGCAAACCCCUGGGCACAUUCCCGGGCCUUCAGUUCCCAGGUGGCUGAACCAGGCAAAGCUCUGGCUCCCACACCUCUUCCAUGGCUCCCACCCAUGGGCAGCCCCUCCUCCCUCAGGGCUCCAGGUCCUCCCUGGUGCUGCUCCAGCCAAACCCUUCCCAGGAAGGGAUGGAACCAGCAGCAGGAACAGCUUUAAUUCACACCCAGGGCUGGAGGUGAGACCACACCUCAAUCCUACUCGGGGUGGGGGGUUGUUUCCCUGUGGAACUCCAGCAGCUUGGAUCAAAGGUGUUCCCAGCACUCCCCCCUCAUGGCAAGGUCCCCAAACCUUCUCACCCCACAGAGCUGUGGAUGCUGAGAGUCCCUGGGAUAGUGAUUUUCUUUCUUUUUAAAAGCAAGCCCGUUUCUUAAGCUGUAAAAAGUGUUUCUAAAGAA